AUGGAUCCGGCACUCCCACGAUUUAUGACCCGUAUGAUUCUAUCUACGGCGCCGCAGCAAGCCUUUGCACAGGUAGACGAACUUUACCUGCAGGCCGCAGCCCUUCGAGAACAAGCCCACGAACUCCAAGAGCAAAUCGACUUUCUCAAAGAUCGAGCCGACUGUCUGGCCACAACGGCGGAGGGUCUUCAAGAAAUUGCCGAGCAAGAUCGUGACGCCAUACAGACCAUGUUCGAACGAUCUCUCUGCAUUUACCAGCACAUGUACACGGUGUACGUCUCGGCUCCCCGCAGGGAAGCACGUUUCAAUGACAUCAAAACGCGCUCGGAAGACGGGAUGGUGACCAUGGAAGAGAUGGAAGAAUUCCUGGAAGAUGUAUACCAGCACUUCCUCGUCACGUCCGAGAGAGUGGAGAGAUCAGCCGCACCCGAGCCCGAAAGUCCACCAACUCUGAAUACACUCUCCUCCGCAGCACAAGCUCAAAACCAGUCGGAAACGGAGGUACCCAUCAAGCAAGAGUUGAAGCGAAAGUUUUCCACCUUUCAAGAAGAUGAGAAUGGCAUCGAUGCAGACUCGGGACGAGCCAACAAGAACAAUGAUGCUGUCGAGUCAAGUGAUGAAGCUUCCUCCUCAGACGAAGACUGUCAAGAUCCAUCGACCAACAACGCUGAAACAAAUGAGGAGAGCAGCUGUGAAGGCACAGAAGACAUGGAAGAAAGCCCAGGCGAAGAAUCGGGGUCAGCAAGCGACGAGAAUAGUGACAAUGAAUGCGAUGAUUCCGAAGUGGUCGGUUCAUCUGAUUGCGAGACAGAAUCAGAUUCCUCAACUGGAUCCCAUACAGCAGUCGACGUGGGCGGGCCAACUCCCAAGAAGUAUUCCAGUCACAGCAGCUCAACCAACAGUGUCCAAUCUCUUUCGUCCUCAGCUUCAAGCACUGCUUCACUUGGUUUCCGAGCUAUGCACGAGGAUCGAUCGUUACGAGGGAGAGAGAAUCAGAACAACUUGACCAGGGGCGGGAAAAGAUUGAAGAAGAAUGUGCUGCGUGGUUGGGCAUGA